AGAUCAAAAUAAAAGUUUGAAAAAAAAGGAGCAAACUCUCUCUCUCUCUUUCUUGUAAGCUAAGAAAAUUCCAUUUCGAUUCGUUUUCUCUAACCUUCUUUACAGAGAUUCAGAGAAAGAUGGCUUCCUUUGAUGCGUACGGGAUGGAAGAAGAAGAGAUUCAUACGACAGCAGAUGCUGCACCAAAUAACCAUCCUUUCGAAGUUGACGACGAGAGCUUCUCCAAUUACGGCUCUUACUCGAACUUCGCCGACAAUCAACAGUUUCCGGCGGAAGGAGGUGACGUAACUGUGAAUCAUUUGGCUUCUUCUCCUGAGAUCUUUGACUUUGGAUCCUCCAAUCCGUCCCCUGCUUACUCGGAAUCUCCUUUCGGAACUACGAUUCAUGUGGAAAACGGAAACGGAGACGGAAUGAAUGGGUUUGGUGGUGGAAACGAUGACGUUUUCGCUUCUGAUGGACCGGUGCUUCCUACUCCUACUGAGAUGGCACCUGAGGAAGGAUUCCUUCUUCGCGAGUGGCGGCGUCAAAAUGCCCUUGUGCUUGAAGAGAAGGAAAGGAAGGAAAAGGAGUUGCGGAACCAGAUUAUUGAAGAGGCUGAGGAGUAUAAGCGAGCAUUCUAUGAGAAGCGGGAGAAAACUAUCGAGACCAACAAGACUAACAACAGAGAAAGGGAGAAGCUGUACUUGGCUAACCAAGAGAAGUUCCAUAAGACUGCGGACAAACAGUACUGGACCGCGAUAGCAGAACUCAUUCCACGUGAGGUCCCUAAUAUCGAAAAAAGAGGAAAGAAGGAUGCAGACAAGAAGCCAUCAGUUACUGUCAUUCAGGGACCUAAGCCCGGAAAACCAACCGAUCUUUCCAGACUGCGGCACAUUCUUGUGAAGCUGAAGCAUUCACCCCCACCUCAUAUGAUUCCACCCCCACCCGCACCAGCAAAGGAUGCUAAGGAUGGGAAAAAGGCAAACAAUGCUGCAUCAAACGGAACUGCAUCUGCAGAAAAAGGAGCACCUGUUUCAUCCGCAAAAGAUAACACCACUGCUGCCACUGCCACUGCCACAAAUACUUCCUCUCCCGAACAAGAUGCUACUGCCGCUCCUGUUGCGGCUGUGGACCAAACUGUCAUGGAGUCGGAGGCAACACCAACAGCCUAAUUGCUUACAGCACAUUUACCAUGGUUGUUUCCUUAGCCCCAUUCUUUUUUGUUUUCCUCCAGGUUUCGGUUUCUUGCAUAUCAUAUUACCAUAUUUCCCUUGGAAUGAUUCCGUACCAUUAAUUAAACUCAACCCUUUCCUUCUGUUGUUAAUUUUGGACAUUUCAUGAGAUUGGAUUUCCUGACUGAA